AUGGAAUUAGUUACGAAACCUGAUCUUGCUAUUCCAAACAGUGGCUUUUCUGAAUGGAAUCCAGAGUCCAGUACGUUACGGGCUGGGGAGACGAAUCAGCAGCCUACUGUGGCUACAUGCGCGAUUGAGCUUGACUUCGACUUCACGCUGCCAGGAAUGAUUGUUGAGGACCUGGAGCACAACACAAUAUUCGGUAGGCAGGAGCUGUUUAUUCGGAACCACGAAAAUCAUAUUGCAGACUUGAUAAGAGCCAAUAACGACCUCGAACAGGAGAUUGCUGCUCUGGAAACGUCCUGGCUUGAUAUCAGUGAAAGCCACAGCUUUUCGGGUGGAGUUGCAGCCGGAUCAUCGCUAUGGGCCAUCUCAGCUCUCAUUACCAUCGGAGCUACAGUCCUGUUCCCUCAUAAAGCAGUUGCUGCCAAUCUCCAGCAAAGGGCUGAGAUUCAAGGAAAGUUUUCAAACGCCCAAAGUGCUUUUGAAAAAGGACGUACUGAGCUUGAGACGGCUAAAAAAGAACUUGAAUGCUUGCAAGCAGCUAGGGAUCUCGAAGCAGAUCUCCCGUCAUUACAGUACGAAGUUGAUAAAGAGCUUGAUUUGGCCUUUCAGAGCAUGUCGUUAUAA